GGGUUACAAAUGGUAUCAUAUCGUCUUGAUGUACCAUUUUCUUCUUACGUUUCACGCUGGACCUACCUAAAAGAGUGGGGGCAGGAUCGUAUCUUCUUGUAGGCAGACACACAGGUGCCGUCGUCUCACAGUCUCAACCGAAUCAGCACUUGGGUUUGCUUCGCCGUUCUUCUUCUCCGGGACUCCAGCCCAGCUGCACCCAUCCGAAUCGGUUGGCCCGUCCCUGCAACCGUGACCAAACUGCCCGAGGUGUACUCCACGUCAAAUCCACCGAAUCCAUGGCUCGUGCGCGCGCUAGUAUACUAUACCAGGUACCAACACACACUUGCACCAGUACCCUACCAUUCAUCUCCUACCGGCUACCACCACCAGCGCCCGCUUCACUCCCUGUACCAAUUAAUCCUUCCCGGGCUUCCCUUGCCUUGCACAUCUCGACAAGCAAAGCAGACUCUGCUGACGUAGGAUCGAUUAGUUUAUGCUUUAUACGCUGAUCGGUAGGAAGUGUGCUACUGCUGCGUCGUUUCAGCUGGGUUUUUUUUUCCUGCAUGUUGCUUAAUCGACGCGAGCUGAUCAGCUGAUCGAGGACGGAACGCCAUGAAUAAGCAGAGGCGCGAGCUUCGGCCACGGCUACGGCGAUGGCUGUUGGUUCUUGCGGUGGUGCUGUGCUCGUGCAUGGCGACGACGGCGGCGGCGGAUGUGCCGUUGUCGGAGCUGGAGGCGUACCGCUCCGAGCGCGGCGGGCUCGUGGCGCUUCGGGACGGGCUACGGUCAGCCCGGGACCUGCACUCCAACUGGACGGGCCCGCCCUGCCACGGCGACCGCAGCCGGUGGUACGGCGUCUCCUGCGACGCCGACGGGCGCGUCGUCGCGCUCUCCCUCCGUGGCGCGCAGCUCACGGGCGCGCUCCCCGGCAACGCGCUGUCCGGCGUGACCCGGCUGGCCGCGCUCAGCCUGCGCGACAACGCCAUCCACGGCGCGCUCCCGGGCCUCCAGGGGCUGCACGCGCUCCGCGUGCUCGACCUCUCCAGCAACCGCUUCUCGGGCCCCAUCCCGACGCGGUACGCGGAGGCGCUCCCUGAGCUCGCGCGGCUCCAGCUCCAGGACAACCUGCUCACCGGCACCGUCCCGCCCUUCGCACAGGCGACGCUGCGGGGAUUCAACGUGUCCUACAACUUCCUCCGCGGCGAAGUCCCGGACACCCUCGCGCUCCGCCGGUUCCCCGCCAGCGCGUUCGCGCACAACCUCGAGCUCUGCGGCGAGGCCGUGCUGAACGCCCCCUGCGACGCGUCCUCCGAUCAUGCUUCCGCCUUUGGCAGCGGCGGAGGAAGGCGGGACGGUGGUCCGGCUGUCAGGCCGGACAAGGACGGCGGGGGGGAGUUCUCCAGGCCGCGUUUCAGGCUGGCGGCGUGGAGCGUGGUGGUGAUCGCGCUCAUCGCCGCGGCGGUGCCGUUCGCGGCCGUGCUCAUCUUCCUGCAUCAGACCAGGAAGAGCCGCCGCGAGGUUCGUCUAGGAGGCCGCCGAGACACUCAUGCGGGAGGAGGAGCGGCCGCGGAGGCCGAGAUAGUCAAGGACAAAAAGGCGGCGGCGGAGCAAGGCAAAGACAGCGGCAGCGGCAGCGGUGGCCGGAACGCGCAGGCCGCGCAGCUGCAGUUCUUCCGCGCCGAGGACGGGGAUAACAAGGCGGGCGGCCUCGGCUUGGACCUCGACGAGCUGUUCCGGUCGACGGCGGAGAUGCUGGGCAAGGGGCGGCUGGGGAUCACCUACCGCGUCACGCUCGCGGCGCCCGCCGGCGCCGUGGUGGUGGUGAAGCGGCUGCGCAACAUGGGGCACGUGCCGCGCAAGGACUUCGCGCACACCAUGCAGCUCCUGGCCAAGCUCCGGCACGAGAACGUCGUGGGCGUCGUCGCCUGCUACCACUCCAGGGACGAGAAGCUCGUCGUCUACGACCACGUCCCCGGCCGCAGUCUCUUCCAGCUCCUCCACGGGAACAGAGGCGAAGGCAGGACACCGCUGACGUGGCAGGCGAGGCUGUCGAUCGCCAAGGGCACGGCGCGCGGGCUGGUGUACCUGCACCGCUCCCUGCCUUUCUUCCACCGGCCGCCGCACGGCAACCUCAAAUCCUCCAACAUCAUCGUCCUCUUCUCUUCUUCCCCCGACGGCAAGCACCAUGGCCACGUGGUGCCGAAGCUGACGGACCACGGGUACCACCCGCUCCUCCUCCCGCACCACGCGCACCGGCUGGCGGCGGGCAAGUGCCCGGAGGCGCGGGGGAAACGGCGGCUCUCUUCCCGCGCCGACGUGUACUGCCUGGGGCUCGUGCUGCUGGAGGUGGUGACGGGGAAGGUGCCCGUGGACGAGGCCGACGGCGACCUGGCGGAGUGGGCGCGGCUGGCGCUGAGCCACGAGUGGUCCACGGACAUCCUCGACGCCGAGAUCGCCGGCGAGCGGGGCCUGCACGGGGACAUGCUCAGGCUCACGGAGGUCGCGCUGCUCUGCGCCGCCGUCGAGCCCGACCGCCGGCCAAAGAUGCCCGACGUGGUCAGGAUGAUCGAUGCGAUCGGCGACGCCGGGCACGGGGAAGAAGGGAGGCGGGAACUCGCCGUGCGCUGAGCUUCGGCUGUACGGGCUUUCGUAGGCAUAUCCAGCCUGCACUUUUGAAGGCACCACAAUUUCAUGAAGGAGGUAUGGGGUUUAAUCCAAGCUCGAGGCAAUGCCACGGCUACCCAACCCGAAAGACGACACAACAGCGGCCGUCUCGUCUACACUUGGUGGAGUGUGUGGAAGAAGCGCAACGGGAGAUUUUUUUUUUUCAAGGGCUCGUUGAUGCAGGCGUUGGAGCCUUGGAGGUGGCUUUGCUUGUUUGGGAAGUAAUUUAGAGUUGGACCCGUGUGUGUUCCAGUGACCUCGGAGAUUAGACUUUUCGGUUUUGGGAACUUUUAUUUUCCUUUGUUCCCCAUUGUAACCUCUGGGGGUUUAUAUUGGAUCUUGCUUUUCUUCUAAUCGAGUGACUGAGAUCGACCGUCUUUUCAUAAAUAAAAAAUUUGUUCGAUUU